UUUGCCCGAGCCUCUGCCUCAUUGCAGGUUUCCCUGUUCUUUACACAAGUCAAGCCCCUUUGGGGAGUCUAGUUCUUCCAUUCUUUUUCCCUGCCUGGAAUUUGCAUUCCACUCUUUCCCAGACUCUUUCCCCCAGUUGCACUUACCACAUUAUAUUAAAUUUUAUCUAUCUGCAAAGUCAGUGACAGUGUCUAACUCCGUUUUGUAUUUUUUUAAAAAAGUUUGGUGCAUAAAUCCCUCAGUAAAUGUUUAAUGACUAUGCCGCUUUUCUUCUUUCUUCCUCCUUUUGUCUGUAAGGGUGGUCAGCAAGCUUUUUCUGUGAAGAGCCACACAGUAAAUGUUUUAGAUUUUGUGGACCACAUGGUCUCUGUCUUGAUUACUGAACUCUGCCGUUGUAGCACAAAGCAGUCACAGGCGGCACAGAAACAGCUGAGCAUGGCUCUGCUCCAAUAACACUUUAUUUCUAGACUCGAGAUUUGAGUUUCCUAUAAUUUUUACAUGUCACAAAAUACCGUUAUUCUUUGAUUUCCCCCCCCCCCAUUUAAAAAUGUGAAAACCAUUCCUAACUACUGGGCUGUACAAACCAGCCUGUGGGCUGGAUUUAACCCCCUCGGGCUCCGUUACAGACCUUUGAUCUAUAGACUCUCAGCAAAUCUGGAUAAAGGAACUUGCGGUAAGAUGAUACUGGUUUUAGUAUUACCAUGGGUGGUAGAGAAGCAAAGAAGGCCGUCUUUUUGUCACGGAUUUCAUGGUCAAGUUCAAGAUUAAGUUGUAAACAGAUCAUGAUGACACAGUAUGGUAACCGCAAUUACAGUUUAUUUAUUGGAACAAAGGAGUAAUAAUCAGCUCUGCUUGGGUGGAUGAGAAGUCACCUCUAAUAGUCGUCUGUUGGGGAUACUUUCAGCUUAGAUCGUUUCCAGGAAUCUUUUCAAACUUGCUAAGGUGACUGACUGACCACAUCUUUUGCCAGGAUGGCUGUGAACAUUCGGAUGGCUCAAUUCCUUAUUUAUAGGAUAUAAUCUUAAUUUGUUCCUCUCAGAACUAAAAUUAAUACAUUCUAGAUAAUUUUUUCUGACAGUUAUUUCUAAAGGUCAUGCACAUUUUUACUGCUUUGAGAAAGGUGAAAUAUAUUUCAUAGCACAUAUAGUAAUCAAUGUUUCUUUAAUACAGUAGUGAAUUUCUGAUACUGAAUUUUGGGUUAUGUAAAUUCAGUCUUUAAGUCAACUAUUAAUGCAUUAGAAAAGGAAGAUGGGCUUUAGUGGGCUUUCCGUUUUCUUGCAACUUAUUAGAUUUAAUGUGAAUUAUUUUUAUCUAGGAAAAGUAUGGAUAUAUGGCUGUUAGCAUUACUGACGCCAUCCUGGGCUCUUACAGUUUAUCCUGUCCUUUCACCCACCCUACCCAGGACUGAACUGUGCAUAAACUAAUCCAGAAAACAUGGCUACUGCAAUUCGGGAAGUUGGAGUUUGGAGACAGACCAGAACACUCCUACUGAAGAAUUACCUCAUUAAAUGCAGGACUAAAAAAAGUAGCGUUCAGGAAAUUCUUUUUCCACUAUUUUUUUUAUUUUGGUUAGUAUUAAUAAGCAUGAUGCAUCCGAAUAAGAUCUAUGAAGAAGUGCCUGACAUGGAACUUAACCCCAUGGACAAAUCUGUCCUCUCUAACCUAGUUCUUGGAUUUACACCAGUGACUAAUAUUACAAGAGACAUCAUGCACAAGGUUUCUACCGAUCACCUUCCUAACGUCAUAAUUACCGAAGAAUAUACAAGUGAAAAAGAAUUGCUAGCAUCCAGUCUUUCUAAGCCCAGCAACUUUGUAGGUGUGGUUUUCAAAGACUUCAUGUCCUAUGAACUCCGUUUUUUUCCUGAUAUGAUUCCAGUGUCUUCUGUUUAUAUGGAUUCAAGAGCUGGCUGUUCAAAAUCAUGUGAGGCUGUUCAGUACUGGUCCUCAGGGUUCACAGUUUUACAGGCCUCGAUAGAUACUGCCAUUAUACAGCUGAAGACCAAUGUUUCUUUUUGGAAGAAGCUGGAGCCAACUAAGGCUGUCCUUAUGGGAGAAACUGCUGUUGUGGAAAUAGAUACCUUUCCCCGAGGAGUAAUUUUAAUAUACCUAGUUAUAGCAUUUUCACCUUUCGGAUACUUUUUGGCAAUUCAUAUCGUAGCAGAAAAAGAGAAGAAGUUAAAAGAGUUUUUAAAGAUAAUGGGACUGCAUGACACUGCCUUUUGGCUCUCCUGGGUCCUUGUGUAUACAAGUGUGAUUUUUCUCAUGUCCCUUCUCAUGGCAGUCAUUGCAACAGCUUCUUCUUUAUUUCCUCAAAGUAGCUGCUUUGUGAUAUUUCUACUUUUUUUCCUGUAUGGCUUAUCAUCUGUAUUUUUUGCUUUAAUGCUGACGCCUCUUUUUAAAAAAUCAAAACAUGUGGGAAUAGUUGAAUUUUUAGUCACUGUGGCUCUUGGAUUUGUUGGCCUUUUGAUAGUCCUCGUGGAAAGUUUUCCCAAAUCUUUAGUGUGGCUUCUAAGUCCCUUCUGUCAGUGUACUUUUUUGAUUGGUAUUGCACAGGUCAUGCAUUUAGAAGAUUUUAAUGAAGGUGCUCUAUUUUCUAAUUUGACUGAAGGGCCGUAUCCUCUGAUUAUUACUAUUAUCAUGCUGGCCCUUAACAGCAUAUUCUAUGUCCUUCUGGCUGUCUAUCUUGAUCAAGUCAUUCCAGGAGAAUUUGGUUUACGGAGAUCAUCGUUUUAUUUUUUGAAGCCAUCAUAUUGGUCAAAGAGCAGAAGAAAUUAUAAGGAGUUAUCGGAGGGCAAUGUUAGUGGGAGUAUUAGUUUUAGUGAAACUGUUGAGCCUGUUUCUUCAGAAUUUAUAGGAAAAGAAGCCAUAAGAAUCAGUGGUAUUCAGAAGACAUACAGAAAGAAAGGUGAAAAUGUGGAGGCUUUGAGAAAUUUAUCCUUUGACAUAUAUGAGGGUCAGAUUACUGCGUUACUUGGCCACAGUGGAACAGGAAAGAGUACAUUGAUGAAUAUUCUUUGUGGACUGUGCCCACCUUCGGAUGGGUCUGCAUCUGUAUAUGGACACAGAGUCUCAGAAAUAGAUGAAAUGUUUGAAGCAAGAAAAAUGAUUGGCAUUUGUCCACAGUUAGAUAUACACUUUGAUGUUUUGACAGUAGAAGAAAAUUUAUCCAUUUUGGCUUCAAUCAAAGGAGUACCAGCCAAUAAUAUAAUACAAGAAGUGCAGAAGGUUUUACUGGAUUUAGACAUGCAGGCUAUCAAAGAUAAUCAGGCCAGAAAGUUAAGUGGUGGCCAGAAAAGAAAACUGUCUGUAGGAAUCGCUGUUCUUGGGGAUCCAAAGGUACUGUUGCUGGAUGAACCGACAGCUGGAAUGGACCCUUGUUCGCGUCAUAUUGUUUGGAAUCUUCUUAAAUACAGAAAAGCUAAUCGGGUGACAGUGUUUAGUACUCAUUUCAUGGAUGAAGCUGACAUUCUUGCUGAUCGGAAAGCUGUCAUAUCACAAGGAAUGUUAAAAUGUGUUGGUUCUUCAAUUUUUCUCAAAAGUAAAUGGGGCAUUGGCUACCGCCUGAGCAUGUAUAUUGACAGAUGCUGUGCCACGGAAUCUCUUUCUUCUCUGGUUAAACAACAUAUACCUGCAGCUACUUUAUUACAACAGAGUGACCAGCAGCUUGUGUAUAGCUUGCCUUUCAAGGACAUGGACAAAUUUUCAGGUUUAUUUGCUGCUCUAGACACUCAUUCAGAUUUGGGUGUUAUUUCUUAUGGUGUUUCCAUGACGACUUUGGAAGAUGUAUUCUUAAAGCUAGAAGUUGAAGCGGAAAUUGACCAAGCAGAUUAUAGUGUAUUUACUCAGCGGCCACCAGAGGAAGAAGUGCAUUCAAAACCCUUUGAUGAAAUGGAGCAGAGCUUGCUUAUUCUUUCUGAAACCAAGGCUUCUCUGGUGAGCACCAUGAGUGUUUGGAAACAGCAGGUGUUUAAAAUUGCAAAGUUUCACUUCCUUACCUUGAAACGUGAGAGCAAAUCAGUGAGAUCAGUGUUGCUUCUGCUUUUAAUUUUUUUCGCAGUUCAGAUCUUUAUGUUUCUGGUGCAUCACUCUUUUAAAAAUGCUGUUGUUCCUAUCAAACUUGUUCCAGACUUAUACUUCCUAAAGCCUGGAGAUAAGCCUCAUAAAUACAGAACAAGCCUGCUUCUUCAAAAUUCUUCCGACUCAGAUAUCAGUGAUCUUCUUAGGUUUUUCACCACCCAGAACAUAAUGGUGACAAUGUUUAAUGACAGUGACUACGUGUCUGCCGCUCCGCACAGCGCAGCUUUAAAUGUGAUGCAGUCAGAAAAGGACUAUGUUUUUACUGCUGUUUUCAAUGGUACUAUGGUUUAUUCUUUACCUGUAUUGAUGAAUAUCAUUAGCAACUACUAUCUUUAUCAUUCAAAUGUGACCGAAAGCAUCCAGAUCUGGAAUACCCCAUUCGUUCAAGGAAUUACAGACAUAGUUUUUAAAAUCGAGCUGUAUUUUCAAGCAGCUUUACUUGGGGUUAUUGUUACCGCGAUGCCACCUUACUUUGCCAUGGAGAAUGCAGAGAAUCAUAAGAUCAAAGCUUACACUCAACUUAAACUUUCGGGUCUUCUGCCUUCUGCAUACUGGAUUGGACAGGCUCUUGUUGACGUCCCCUUAUUCACGGUGGUUCUUACUUUGAUGUUAGGCAGUUUAUUUUCAUUUCAUCAUGGAUUAUAUUUUUAUGCUGUCAAGUUCCUUUCUGUGGUUUUUUGCCUUAUUGGUUAUGUUCCAUCAGUUAUUCUGUUUACCUACAUUACUUCUUUCACUUUUAAAAACAUUGUAAAUACCAAAGAAUUUUGGUCAUUUAUCUAUUCUGUGACAGCAUUGGUUUGCAUUGCAGUCACCGAAAUAACUUAUUUUAUGGGAUAUACAGUUGCAGUUAUUCUUCAUUAUGCUUUGUGCAUAGCCGUUCCAAUCUAUCCGCUCCUAGGUUGCCUGAUUUGUUUCAUAAAGAUUUCUUGGAAGAAUAUGCAAAAAAAAGAGGGCACCUACAACCCAUGGGAUCGUCUUUUGGUGGCUGUUAUAUCGCCUUACCUGCAGUGUGUGCUGUGGAUUUUCCUCUUACAGUACUACGAGAAAAAAUAUGGAGGCAGAUCAUUAAGAAAGGAUCCCUUUUUCAGGACCCUUACAACAAAGUCCAAAAGUAGGAAGUUUCCAGAACCACCAGACAAUGAGGAUGAAGAUGAAGAUGUCAGAGCUGAAAGGGUGAAGGUCAAAGAAUUGCUGAGCUGCCAGCGCCACGAGGAGAAGCCAGCCAUUAUGGUCAACAAUUUGCAUAAAGAAUAUGAAGACAAGAAAGAUUUUCUUCCUACAAGAAAAAUAAAGAAAGUGGCAAAUAAAUAUGUCUCCUUCUGUGUGAAAAAAGGAGAGAUCUUGGGACUAUUGGGUCCAAAUGGUGCAGGCAAAAGUACGAUUAUUAAUAUUGUGGUUGGUGAUAUAGAACCAACUUCAGGCCAGGUAUUUCUAAGAGACUAUUCUUCAGACCCAGCUGGAGAUGAUGAUUCCGUAAAGUGUAUGGGCUACUGUCCUCAGAUAAACCCACUGUGGCCGGAGAUUACAUUACAGGAACAUUUUGAAAUUUAUGGAGCUGUGAAAGGAAUGAGUGCCAGUGACAUGAAAGAGGUCAUAAUUCGAAUAACAAAUGCACUUGAUCUAAAAGAACAUCUCCAGAAAACGGUAAAGAAACUACCUGCAGGAAUCAAGCGAAAGCUGUGUUUUGCUCUGAGUAUGCUGGGGAACCCUCCCGUUACUCUGCUAGACGAGCCAUCCACAGGUAUGGACCCUAAAGCCAAACAGCACAUGUGGAGAGCAAUUAGAGCUGCGUUUAAGAACAAAACGCGGGCAGCUAUCCUGGCCACUCACUGCAUGGAGGAGGUGGAGGCUGUCUGUGACCGAGUGGCUAUCCUGGUGUCUGGGCAGCUAAGAUGUAUUGGGACAGUCCAACAUCUAAAGAGUAAAUUUGGAAAAGGAUACUUUUUGGAAAUCAAAUUAAAGGACUGGAUAGAAAACCUAGAAGUAGACCGUCUUCAAAGAGAAAUUCAGCAUAUUUUCCCAAAUGCAAGCCGUCAGGAAAGUUUUUCUUCUAUUUUGGCUUAUAAAAUUCCUAAGGAAGAUGUUCAAUCCCUUUCACAAUCUUUUUCUAAGCUGGAAGAAGCUAAACGUACUUUUGCCAUUGAAGAAUACAGCUUUUCUCAAGCGACAUUGGAACAGGUUUUUAUAGAACUCACUAAAGAACAAGAGGAAGAAGAUAACACUUGUGGUACUUCGAACAGCACACUUUGGUGGGAAAGGACACAGGAAGACAGAGUAGUAUUUUGAAUUUGUGUUGCUCAGUCUGCUUACUGCAUUUCUUUCUUUUUCACUUUAUUUUAACUUUGGUUUAAACGUUUAUUGCUUGAACGGUAAUUGGAGAACCAUGAAAGCACGUGGGAUUUUCCUGACUUCGUUAAUUGAAAUGCUGUUGGUUGUGUGUUUUGCUUUUCUUCAAAUAAAACUUGUGUAUAAUGCAUUGAAACUGCACGUUUGUAUCCGAAGUAUACUGCACUGUAGUCCGUAUGUGAAGUUGAACAUGUACUUUUUCACUUUUCAGAAGCAGUGCUUGUGAUUUUAUGAUUUGAAGAAAUAGUGAUAGAAUCAUCUUAUUUUGAACAGUUAUCUUUUAAGUUUAUACCAUCUUGUUACAUAAGUAUGUAAUACCCCAAUCUAAAUAAAAAACGAAUACAUAAAUAACACAUAGAACAGAGACAUAAAGCAAAAGUUUGCUUCUCCUUUUUAAUUUCUAAAAGAAACUGAAUGGAAGUUGGCGUCCUAAAAACCUGAACACUGGACGGUCUCAGUGCACGUAGAGGUCUGCAGGAAGUGACAUUCACUGGGUGGCAUCAUCAGCCAGAAUAACUGGAAGGAGACCUCGUUCUGUUAGUGAUUUUAGACGCAAGUAACUCAGGUACGGUGCUCUCGUCACAAUUCUUUUGCUUACGGUAAAAUUCAGAGGUGUUUCCAUUAUUGUGGAAGACUAUGUGUAGAAUCUUAUUGUGUAAUAGUCUGAUUCUUUGACUGCUUGUGGCUAGAAUGACAGACAUCUAUAAAGCUACAAGAAUUAAGCCAUACCUCCACCCCUCGUGGAAGAUAGAAAUUUUUUUGUCAUCUUCCUUCCAAAGGACACAUUUUCUUUUAUUCUAGAAAUAAACUGUAUUAUUUGAA